AUGUUUGUGUGGAGCGCAUUGUCAAACUUGGAAAUUAUCUUCUCAGCAUAUUUUGUGUUAUUAGAGACUGCCAUUACUUAUUUACUGUCUGCCUGUUGAGGGACACGUGUAGUAUUUCUCGCUAUUGUAAACCGCGCGGCCUUGUCGGCGUCCCAACAUACUAAUUUUAUCACAACAGGUCUAAAACGAUAUCAAAAUGAAUAAACUGAAGAACAACUGGUUUUCCGAGUCAUGUGAGAUGUGGCCGGGAGCUACAUUCUCGUUCGAGGUGACGGAGGUGCUGCAUGAAGAGCAGUCGCAGUUCCAGAAGGUCCAGGUCUUCGACACCAGAAGCCUCGGAAGAGUCCUGGUGCUGGAUGGGAUCAUACAGUGCACACAGAAAGAUGAAUUCUCAUAUCAGGAAAUGAUUUCAUUCCUACCCCUAUGCUGCCACAAGAACCCCGAAAAAGUACUUAUAGUGGGGGGAGGGGACGGGGGAGUGGCCAGAGAAGUGGCCAAGCACCCCAGUGUCAAAGAAAUUGUUCAGGUGGAAAUCGACGCGAAAGUGAUUGAAGUUUCAAAGAAGUACCUGCCAUUCAUGGCCGUGGGCUUCGACAGCCCGAAGCUGACGCUUCACGUCGGAGACGGCUUCGCCUUCCUCAAGAACCACAAGCAAGAGUUCGACGUCAUCAUCACCGACAGCAGCGACCCCGUAGGUCCUGCAGUUAGUCUCUUCGAAGAAAAUUACUUCUCGCUCAUGAAGGCAGCUCUAAAACCCAACGGCAUCGUCUGCUCCCAAGCCGGCACCGUCUGGUACGACCUAGAACUAGUUAAGAGCACUCUAAGGUACUGUAAAAAUCAGUUUCCAGUGGCGACCUACGGAUACACGUCCGUGCCAUCGUACCCGUCAGGCCAGAUAGGGUUCGUUAUAGGUUCUCUCGACAAAGACAUCAAGUUCGACCAGCCCCAACUGGUGCUGUCGCCCGAAGACGAGAAAGCGAUGAACCUUAGGUACUACAACAGCGAUAUUCAUAAGGCGGCGUUUGUUUUACCGACGCAUGUGAAAUAUCAGCUCGCGUAAACUUAUUGUCCCCAAGCAAACGUGUACUUAAUGUGCAUUUAAUUUAAAUCAACUGUUCUCUGUCUCGACAAGUUACAUUCUGUAAUGUUAAGUCCUUAUUUAAGCACAAUAACUGUGAAAUGAUACUAAUUAAUGCGAUUGUUACACUGUGUACUGUAGUGUCAUAUUCAAUUGUUACAAAAUAAUAUUAUGCAUUUAUUUACUGAAAUAAUUUUCGGUGAAUUGUAAGAAUAUUGUUAUUUGAAUUAGAUAUUUUAAAUGAAGGAAUCUCGUGCUUCCCUUACAAAGUGCUGUGUAAUAAGAAUAUAAAGCUUGUUAUAUCAUUGCAAUUAAAAUUAAAACUCAGAAACUAGAGGUACUAUACUGAAAAGGCAAUAAUAAAAAUAAUUAGUCAAACUUCUAUUUGCAUUAUAUUUUUGUUGUAUGUUACAAAUUAGAUGUAAGUGUUAAAAAUGUGUAUGAUAGUUUUAUAUGAUAUUUUAAAUUUUUACAUAUAAUCAAAGUGCCUUAUUUUGUAAUUUAAACAUAUCAAAGCAUUCCAUAACAUUCCUGAAUGUAUGCUCAAGAUUAUUUAUUUGUACUAAAAUAGGUACUUACUUACAUAAGGUAAAUGUAAUCUAAAAACUAUAAGAAGAAACAGAAUACUCUUUAAAGAGAGGGUAUAAGUUAUUAAUUUAUUAGUCAAUCCUCAAUACAGAAUUUAAUAUUUAAAAUAUAGGCUGUAUUGCUAAUCGAAAAUGUUAUCAUAUUUUUGUACAGUUUUUGUAUGCUUUAAAGAAAUGUUAAAUCAAGGAUUAUAAAUAUAUUUUUAUACAUAAUAAAGUUCUAAUUUUACGAAA